AUGUUCUACAAUAUUAUCAACUCAGAGCGCCGGUCCGGAGACACUGCGACAGUUGUGAACCCCAGGACUAACGAAGUCCUUUGGGAGGUGACGGUCGCACAUGAGACGGACCUUAACGACGCAGUCGAAGCUGCCAGGGUGUCAUUUGACUCUUGGAAGGUCUUGUCUAUCGAAGAAAGACAGAGAUACCUACUCAAGCUAGCCGGUGAACUAGAGCAGCGAAGAGAUGAAAUACAUGCCCCUCUAGCAGCGGAGACUGGCAAAUCCCAGGAAAAGCUGACCGGUCCAGCAUCUCAGUCAUUGCCCGAUAAAGUGGAAUACGAAGACAACAAACUCAAGAUUGUUUCUACCCAUCAUCCUAUAGGAGUGGUGGGUGCAAUUUGCCCUUGGAAUUUUCCGCUCGUGUUAGCCGCCGGCAAGAUUGCUGCCGCACUCCUCAUGGGAAAUUCCAUCAUCGUCAAACCGUCGCCAUUCAGUCCAUGUUCCACUUUGAAAUUCGUUGAGCUUGCGACAUCCGUACUUCCGCGGGGUGUACUCCAGGCGCUCAACGGAGACAACGACAUGGGCAGGCUCAUUAGUAUCCAUCCGGGAAUCGACAAGAUCAGUUUCACCGGAUCCAUUGCGACUGGAAAGAAGGUUGCGGAAAGCGCGGCCAAGACCCUGAAACGAGUGACACUCGAGCUCGGUGGGAACGAUGCAAGUGUCAUCUGCCCCGACGUUGAUAUCAAACCCGUUGCUGCUAAGGUUGCUGCCGGGGCCUUUUUCCAUUCGGGCCAGAUGUGCGUUGCUACAAAAAGGGUCUAUGUGCAUGAGACUAUUUUUGAAGAAUUCCGGGACUCUUUUGUGGAGGCAGUCAAGAACAUCAAAGUCGAUCUUGCUGGUGACCAGUCACCUCUGUUCAGUCCGAUCCAGAAUGAGCAACAGUAUAAGGUGGUCAACGAUCUGAUCGCUGAUUGCAAGGAAAACAACUACACUUUGCUUUGCGGGGGUAAUGCGGACGACAAGCACCCAGGUCUCUUUAUCGCACCCGUUGUUGUGGACCAACCACCACAUGAUUCUCGCAUCGUCCAAAUGGAGCAAUUUGGUCCUAUCAUUCCGCUUUCGAAGUGGUCUACUGAGGAUGAAGUGAUUUCGAGAGUCAAUGGGACAGAUACUGGCUUAGGGGCCUGCGUGUGGGCGAAGGAUGUUGAGCAUGCGGGGCGCAUUGCACGAAAACUUGAAGUUGGAACCGUAUGGAUUAAUAGCGCUGAAAUGCCUAGCCCACACGCCUACUGUUCAGGCUGGAAGCAGAGUGGGAUUGGAGGCGAGUGGGGGAACCAGGGGCUGAUGUCAUAUUCUCACACACAGAUACUUCAGUUGUGCAAGUAG